AUGGAAACUCUUAUACAGACACUUACAAAUAGAGCUUCAAAAGUCAAUUUUGAAUUAAACCAUUCUGAUAAAUACUUGGAACAUUUCAAAAAUGAUGAAUACUAUAACAAAUUAGGAAAUAGAUUAGAUGAUUUAUUAAGAAUAUCUUAUUUCUUAACAAAAUUCUUAACUUCAACUCCACCAAAAUAUCAAAAAAUUGAAUCAACUAAUCAAUUACAAAAUGGUGAAGAAUUAAUGGAUUAUGGUGAAGAAAAACGUGAAACUCCUGCUCCAAUUGAAUAUAUUGAUAAAGAUUUCACUUUAUAUGAUCUUGAAGAUCUACCCACUGAAAUUGAAUCUGAAUUUGAUUUUAAUUAUUUUGCCUUUUAUUCAUUUUUAUCAUAUUUAAAACCUUCUUUUUAUUUCAUUCAUGAUCAUGAAAUUGUUCCAUUAGGUCGUUCUGAAACUAAAAAAGAAAGAGUUACAAGAGUUUUAACAAAUAUUGUUCAAUUAUUAACUUUUACACGUUCAAUUCAAAUUAAUAAUGAAUCAAAUUUCAAUUAUAAAGAUUCUCAAAUUAUAAUAUCAAGUUUAUUUUUCAGAUUUGAAAAAUUAUUUUUAAUUCAACAUGAAGAAACAAUUUAUGAUAAUUAUAUUUUUUUCCAAAAUUUUGCUGGUCAUGCUGCAAAAUUUACUUUACAUAGUUUAUUAUAUGAUAAUGAACCAAUUGAAGAUUUAAAGAAAAACAUUGCAAUGUUAUUUGAAAUUUAUUCCAAUAUACCAGAAUGUGAUGAUUAUAAUAUGUUUUUACAAGGUUAUAAAUAUAAUAUUGAAAAUGCAUUAGAAACAAGUGAAACAACUGAAGAUUUCCAUAAUAAAAUUAAAGAAACUAUACCUUUAAGUGUUUUUAAAGAAUCUUUAAUGAAAUUAUCUCAUCAAUUGGCAACUGAUGCAAUAAAAGAAGCUUUAGAAUUAAAACCAAUUGAUUUAAAUAAAUCAUUUUUAUCUGUUAAUUAUGAUUAUGAAAUUCAAUUACGUGAAGAUGAAAUUUCAAAAAUCGAAUUGAAAACAAAAGAACAAGUUGAAUUAGAACAAUCCAAAAUAAGAAAAGAAUUAAUUAAUGAAUUAGAAUCAAAAGAUCGUGAAAUUAAUAUAAUGAAAACUGAACAAAAUGUUAAAGAUGAAACUAUUGAACAAUUAACUCAACAAUUAAAUAAAGAAUUAAAUAAUAAAUCUUCAAAUUCAAGAAGUUUCCAAAAUAUUGAUGAAUUUAAACAAACUUAUCCAAAUAUUUUCCAAGACAUUUCUAUACAAAGUUUUAAAACUUCUUCACAAAAAUUUCAAUCAAAUUUAAUUGAAUUAGAAGCUGAAAUUUCAAAUUUAAAAGUUUCUGAAAGAAAAUUAAAAAAUAGAAAUAAAGAAUUAGAAUCUCAAUUAAAAGAAUUUCAAAAACAACAAGAUCAAAAUAAUCUUGAUGAUGAAGAUUUAAUUGAAACAACUCAAUUUCAACAUUCACAUUCACAUUCCCAUUCCCAUUCACAACCACAACCACAUCCACAUCCACAUCCAGGAAGUGUUAGAGGAAGUAUAGGUGAUGAUUAUGGACCUCCAGGAAAUGGUUCAAAUAAUGGAUAUUAUGGAGCUCCAAGACCUGCAGGUGGAUCAAGUUAUGUACCACCACAACCAAGAUAUAAUGGUUUUGCUGGUGGUGGCGGAUAUAGAAAUCCAAGAUAUAGAGAAGAUUAUCUAUGA